AUGGCCGGUAAAACAUGUGCGUCAAAGUCUUCUGUUAAAGAAAUCAAACUCUGGACUCAGGAGUUUUUGAAUGACCGAAAGAAAUCGAAUAAUCUGCUGAACAUAGUGGUAACCAUUGAACAAAGCACGACUGUUGAAGUUCAGUUGGCUGGUGUACGUGCACUUCAUAAAAUUUUGCAGCACCUGGUGAAAAAUGGAGAACUGUACUCUGAACAUCCGGACCAGGAAGGUGACAGUGCAGCUGACAAGUACAGAUCUUGGCUGCGGUGUAGAUAUGAUGAGUGUGUCCAGCAGCUUUUGGGGUUACUACACAACACCAGCUCAUCAGUACAGGAGCUGGCGCUCUGCACCCUGAUGAAACUUGUGAAGGCAGAAGGGGAAUACCCUAUACAGAAGCUGACCACCAAUCAACUUCCAUUUCCCAAACAUUUGUUGAAGGAGAUCUAUUGUAGGCUUACAGAUGAUGGUCAUGACAUGGGACACCUCAUCACCAGGUUCUCAGAAUAUCUGCAGUUUGAUGAUGUUCGAUAUUUCAUCUUUAAGAUGCUUUUGCCUGAAAUUCAGGAGCGACAAAAAAAGAAGGGCCAGGAGAACCUACUUGUCCAACGUGUUUGCGAUUAUGGACAACUGUGGGCUUGGGACAAGUUGGAGGACCCGUUAUCCAAUUUGUACUGCUCUCUACCAGACCCAGAAGCCCAGAUCAAACUGAACUCCUUGAAAGAGCACAGAAAACUUUUCACAGGAAUCUGGCUAGAAUUUCUCAGGAAUUCUUUGAGCACCUCCCUGUACAAGAAGGUUCUGGUAGGACUCCAUGAGAAGGUGAUGCCCAACCUAACCAGCCCACUGCUGCUCAGUGACUUCCUAACGCAGUCAUAUAACAUAGGUGGUGCCAUCAGUCUUCUGGCCUUGAACAGCUUAUUCAUCCUGGUACAUCAGUAUAAUCUAGAUUACCCAGAUUUCUUCAAAAAACUGUACGCUCUCUUUGAACCCGGGAUUUUCCAUGUGAAGUACAAGGCUAGAUUUUUCCAUUUGGCUGAUCUCUUUCUAACCUCCAGCCAUUUACCCGCAUACCUUGUGGCAGCCUUCGCCAAGAAGUUGUCCCGAAUUUCACUCACUGCUCCGCCACACGGCUUGAAACUGUCAAUUCCUUUUGUGUACAACCUUUUGACCAGACAUCCCAGCUGUAGACCAAUGCUUCAUCGGCCCGGUGGACCAUCAGAUGUGACAGCUGACCCGUUUGACGCUGCGGAGCCUGACCCAGCCAAGUGCAAGGCCAUGGAGAGUUCCCUUUGGGAAAUACAGACUCUACAGUCUCACUAUUUUCCAGACAUUGCUUUGCUAGCACAGAAAAUCAACAGCAAUCUUCCCACCACAGAGACAACCCUGACUGACCUGCUUGAGCUGUCAACAAGGGAGUUAUUCCAGAGGCAAGCGAAAAAGAUGGCAAAAGACGUCCCUAUGAAUUAUAAUCCUCCUAAAGGCUUGCUUCAGUACAAAGAUGAUAAGAUGGCAUUGCUGUGGAAUUUAUGAUGUUGAAUUUCGUGAAUAAAACCGUGCAGAUUUAAGUCAUAAGAAAUUGUUGGUUCCUCUUGACUUUCAGGGAUUUCUACUGAAGCUGCAUUGUGGUCUACGUUAUAACUGAAGACGGACAGAAUAGAGAGGAAAACCAGAACAGCGACGAGAGUGUGAUAGACUUAGGGGAUAGAGAGGAAACCCAGAGCAGCGAAGACAGUGUGACAGACAUACAACAUAAAGAAGAAACCCAGAGCAGCGACGACAGUGUGAUAGGAAAACCAGAGCAGCGACGGCAGUGUGACAGACCUACAGCAAAGAGAGUAAAACCAGAGCAGAGACGACAGUAUGAUAGACGUAUGGCAUAGAGAGUAAAACCAGAGCAGCGACGACAGUGUGAUGGGAAAACCAGAGCAGCGACGACAGUGUGAUAGACGUAUAGCAUAGAGAGGAAAAUCUGAGCAUCGACCACAGUGGUAUAGAUGGCAACUGGUCACAUAUAACUGGUGAAAUACGGCCUCUUGUCAAUUUACGUCAGUCAGGAUUUUAUUCCAGCUGUUCAUUUAAACGCAUGAAUAGUUGCAUUUUGCACGCCCC